UUACACGACACUGACUUCUGUGCUUCACUCGAGCUAAAUGUGUUUCGAGGUAAAUGUGUUGCUCUCUAGCAUCCACACAACAAUCGUGUGUCUGUCAGUGUACAACUUUCAUUCUACGUGGACCAGUUCUCCUACAACUUUAUCUACAGCUGUCUUUUAUUUACUAACACUCGCGCAAUUUCCAAUAAUGGUCAUGUGAUUAAUGAGUGAUAACCAACUUGGAAUUUAACUGCCGUGCGAGUCUAUCAAAGUGAUUAAAAAUAUUUUAAAACGUAACUGCCGUGCGAGUCUUUCAAAGUGAUUAAAAAUAUUUUUAAAACGUAACUGCCGUGCGAGUCUUUCAAAGUGAUAAGAAGUAUUUUAAAAAUCUAACUGGCUAGCGAGUCUAUGUCAACGUGAUAAAAAAAAUAUUUUAAAAAUCUAACUGGCUAGCGAGUCUAUGUCAACGCGAUAAAAAAAAGUAUUUAAAAAAUCUCGUCCUGGUGCAAUUAAGCAAGCACUAGUUAACACAGAACGUUCACAAGCUAGACGGACAGUUGAUCACGGAGCAAGUAAAUCAAGCGGCAAUGCUAGUUCAGCCAUCAGCUGUGUCAGAUUGAGAAUCCCGGCCUGCAGUCACGGAGACCAACACGCAGACCAGCGGAGAGAAAUGUAAACAGUCGAGAGGAUACGUCGCUCUGUGCCAUGUCGAUUGCUACUGUCACAACUGUCACUGGGGCUCGAGAACAUCUGGCCUGGGGUCAAGGCAGCAUCUAGGUUUAUUUACUACACCAACACGAAUUGGUAGGACUCACUUUUCAACGAGUAAAUCAGGAAGCAGCCAGUGAAUGGGGCACCCUAAGAGUAAACACUGGGCCCUCCUCUACACCCAGGUCCUGGUCCAGCUAGCGGCUGGCUACACGUGUGGCGCGCCGCGAGCCAUGUGUCCACUCAAGCAGCACUCACGUCCCCUCAUGUCUCUCCCCUUGCCCUCACUGCCGGAGCAGUACAGCGUCAAGGUGGAGGCCAACAUCCUACAGAAACAGUGGACAACGGAGGUGGAGGAGCACUACGACAGCGUGAACAAUCGGGCCUCCAUGAGCUUGACGUUAAAUGGUAGCACUACCAUCUCCAUUUUUGACUACAUGGAAGGGGAGAAGUACACCAUCUACCCUAACGGUUCUUGUGAGACGUCGAGGGCGACGUACGACGUGUUCGGCUUCACCAAACUCGGGAAAACCCCCAAGCCCAUCAUGGCGACCAUCAAUGACGUUUUCAGGUUUGGACAGGGGUAUGAGCAGGUCUACCAGGGUAAAGAUAACAUUAGGGGUAUUCCUGUGGACCACUGGACAUCUUGCCAGGAGAUGCCUGAGGUAGGCGCCAAGUACCAGCUAGACUACUACUUCUCUGAUCCUGACUACACGACAGCAGGGGGAGCGGAGCAGGUGCCUGUACGGGCGGUGCUUAAUGGUACGGCGAACAACAUGAACCCCAACAUGACACCAGCCAGAGGCACGCACAUAUUUCAACACAUUUAUGAAUUUACAUCCUUCCGAUCUGGGCCUGCCUUAAAUGAAGAUGUGUUUGCUAUACCAAAAGGCGUGGCAUGUCAUGGGAAAGUAAACACCAAAACAAUUCCACUAAUGCCCUGGAGGCUACAAGUAGAUGUAGAGGUAGUGGUGCCCUCCAUCAGAGAUUUACCUACGCGUGUGGAACAGCUUCGAUAUGAUGUCAACCAUCAGCUGGUUGAGACCAAGUACACGGACGUAGUGCCGCAGAUGAACGGACAUAGCCACGCUACAGACUGGACCAAGACUACCGUGGUCACAUACACCGUCAUUGAGGACUUUGGGAAUGCUGUUGUGUACAAGAUCAAUAACUUUGAUGAGACAUGUCAAGUCAGCGAGUUAGACUUCACUACAUCCAUGGAGACACACAGAAUGACUAUAGAGCAACUCGCCUACGACCCCAAAGACUAUGUAUACAUGGGCGAAACCUCAGUUCGUCAAAUACCAGUGGAUGUGUGGGUAGGAGAGGAGGGUGGAAUCCUGCAAGAAUUGUAUUUCACAACCAAUGAGCAUCUAGAUAUAGAUGACACUACAGAAGCAGAUGAGUUCUUCCUAACACCAACCUUAGUUGGUAUCAUGCUCAGUAACAAAACAGCAGUAGGGUAUGAAUCACUGAAAGAGUUGUUUCGGGAUAUUGAAAAAGACCUCUACAAAGAAAAAUGGAAGUCUCCAGGGAAAAAGAAGGUAAAACCAACAGCGGAUCCCUUACCAACCAGGACAAGUGACCAGAUAACCUGGGGUGACAAAAUGAGCCAGAUGUUUCACCAAAGAAUAACUGAAAAGAUGGUCCACUUAUUCAGGCCAACUCCAAUCUUCACUGAAAUGGGUUAUUUUGAUAUCUCUGGCUGUUAUAAUGAUAGCCAGGUGACUAGAAUAAUGCUCUCUGUCAAUGCCAGCUUUGAACAUGAUGUAGCUCUAAACUACGUACUGUUUUCAAACUCCAUAAGGGAAGCCAUUGCAGACAAGUCAGGACUGUCCAUCUUACAGAUAAAUAAUGUAUUUGCACUUCCCAGUAAACAAAGCAAAAAUGUGACAAGGUUGAUACUUACACUGCUUGGGUCUGUGCACAGUAUAGACAAACCAGCGCCCCAGGAGACAGCAAUAGAAAAAUUAAAAAAGACAGUAGAGUCCAAAAUAUCUGUGGAAGUCCAUUAUCCCCAGCAUUCCAAGACUUUUACCAUAGCCUCAGAUGAGAUGGACUUAAUGUUCAAUAUGUCUGCUUUGAUCCAUCACGAACCACAAUCUAAAACACCAAACCCCAUCAGCUCUGACUCAUAUUCACCAGGUGCCGUCACGGCUAUUGCUUUUGCAGCACUCAUCCUUGGUGUUGCCUUAUGCUCUGCUGUUCUUUUCUUUAUUUACAAAAGAAAACACCCGGAAGAAUCCCUUAUCCCAUAUCGUUUGACGGAAUAGCUUUCCCCUCGUAACUUAUAAUUGAAACAAGCCAUUGAUUUACACACAGAUUUUAAAAACAACAUUUUACUCACUUUUUAGUUGGGAACAAACAUAGAUAAUUGUGAAGCAAAAAUAGCCUCCACCCUUAACUUAUAACUGAAACAAGCCAUUGAUUUACACACAGAUUUUAAAAACAAUAUUUGACUCACUUUUUAAUUAGAAACAAUUAGAUAAUUAGAUAAAUUAGAUAAUUGUUAAGCAAAAAUAAAAGCAGUCAGAAAGUACCUUUCUAAAUAUUAUAGUUCAUUUUAGCAAAUAAAAACUACAGAAUGUUGUUACAGUUUUGGCUUGCUUGGGCACUAACAUAAAUUUAGGAAUUAAAUUAUAGCUUAUUUUUGGCUAAUGAAAACAAAUUACCUCCCUUAAGAAACUUAUUUUAUUUCUUUGAACUUCACAGUGUGAUUAUGAAAAAUUUCCACCAUUUACAUUAAUGUUUAGAAGUUUAAAGAUUUUUAAGUAUUUAAAAUGAAUAAUUAAAAGUAGAUUCAACAUAAAAAGAUUCUUAAUAAGGUUUUAGAGAAAUAGAACCACUUCAGCUAUUAUAUACAAUAGCUACAGAGUAUGAUACAAAUUUAGCUAAAAACUAAUUUUAACUACAUUUUUAAUACAUGACGAUACUGAGAAAAUGUUAAUAUUUUUCAAGCUGGACAUUAAUUGAUUAAAACCUAUAAAAAUAUAAAAAAACUUUGUGAAAUUCUUAAUAUUUUUAUUUAAUGUGUUUCAUUGUUUGUAUUAUAAGAUGUUCACUAACACUAAAUUAAAAUAGAUAAGUAACAA